AUGCUUAUCAGCAACGAUGAGCAACACAUCUUCUGCACUUGUGGCUCUCGUGUCAAUGUUUUGGAGAUCAGCACAGGGAAGAUUAUCCACAGUGUUGAGCAUGAUGAUCUAGAGGACAUCACAUCUUUCGCACUCAGCUGUGACGAUGAGCUGCUGGUAACAGCCAGCAGGGCUCUGCUGCUGAAGCAGUGGGACUGGAGACAAGCUCAGUGCACUCGUUCCUGGAGGGCCAUUCACACGGUGCCUGUAGCCAGUAUGACCUUUGACUCAACCUCCACACUCCUCGCCACAGGUGGCUGUGACGGUACCAUUAAGCUCUGGGAUGUGGUGAAGCAGUACUGCACACACAACCUGAAAGGGUCAUCUGGAGUUGUGCACCUCGUCCAGUUCCACCCAGACAUCAGCCGACUGCAGCUCUUCUCCUCAUCUCUGGACUGUGGCAUCCGGCUGUGGGACCUGCGCUCCAGUCAGUGUGUGUGUGUGCUGCAGAGCCACUACAGCGCCGUCACCUCCCUCAGCUUCAGCGCUGAUGGUGACACCAUGGUCAGUUCUGGUCGAGAUAAGAUCUGUACAGUGUGGGACCUUGAGACUCGGAAAGCCAAGAGGACUGUACCUGUCUACGAGGCUGUGGAGGGCGUUGUGCUGCUGCCUGAGAAUAAAGAUUUCUCUCAGAUUGGAGUAGAGAGCAAAGACUUGCAUUUCAUUACAGCUGGAAGCAAAGGGGUGUUAAGAGUGUGGGAGGCCAGCACGGCGCGCUGCAUCUACAGCCAGAAGCUCCUCUCUACCCUCAGCCCUGUUUCUGGUGAGGAGGAAGAGCAGGAUGACAACCCACGCAGUCUAACGUACCUGCUUCACCUGCCCGUCUCCUCUAGACUUGCCACAGUCACUGCAGAACACAACAUAGUGCUCUACCAGCUGCCUGCCCUCACCACACAGCAGCAGUUUGUGGGUUACAGUGAUGAGGUGCUGGAUGUGAAGUUUCUGGGUAAAGACAGUCACAUCGUGGUGGCAACCAACAGCUGCCAGCUCAAAGUGUUUGAGCUGCUCACCAACAGCUGCCAGAUCCUCUACGGACACACAGACACUGUCCUGUCUCUGGAUGUGUUCAAAAAAGGCUCUCUCUUUGCAAGCUGUGCAAAGGACAGGUCAGUGCGUGUGUGGCAGCUGGAUGGUGAUAGUGGUCAAGUGAGAUGUGUGGCCCAGGGCUCCAGCCACAGUAAUGCUGUGGGCUCCAUCACCUGCUCCAGGAUGAAAGCAACUUUCGUAGUGUCUGGCAGUCAGGACUGCACCGUCAAGGUGUGGGAUCUGCCUGCAGACCUGCCUGCGACGGGAGAAGACAUAUACGAGCUGACCGCCCGCUGCACAGAGAAGGCGCAUGAUAAGGAUAUAAACAGUGUUGCAGUGUCGCCCAAUGACAAGCUGUUGGCAUCGGGCUCCCAGGACCGAACCGCCAAGCUGUGGUCCCUGGCAGACGAGGGGAAUCUGGGCCUGCUGGGGGUCUUCCGUGGCCACCGACGUGGUGUCUGGGCCGUCUGCUUUUCUCCUGUCGACCAGGUGCUGGCUACGUCCUCCGCUGACGGCACCACCAAGCUCUGGAGCCUGCAGGACUUCAGCUGCCUGAAGACAUUUGAGGGACACGACGCAUCAGUUUUGAAAGUGAUUUUUGUGAGUCGUGGCACUCAGCUGCUCACCAGUGGCUCCGACGGUUUAGUAAAGCUGUGGACCAUAAAGACAAAUGAGUGUGUGAAGACGCUGGACGCCCACCAGGACAAAGUGUGGGGUCUCCACGCGACCCGCAAAGAUGACAAGAUGGUGACGGGGUCCGCGGACUCUAAUAUCACUGUGUGGGUGGUAACUUAUUUUCAGAAACAGGAGUUGUCCAACCUGCUCCACGAGAAGAAAUAUCUGAAGGCGCUGGGUCUGGCCAUCUCACUGGACCAGCCUCACACCGUGCUCACUGUCAUCAAAGCGAUCCGUCAGGGGGAGGACAGACAGGAGCUGUUGGAAAAGACGAUACUGAAGCUGCGAGUGGACCAGAAAGAGUCGCUCCUGCGCUACUGUGUGGUGUGGAACACCAACGCCAGAAACUGCCAGGAUGCUCAGUCGGUCCUCCAGGUGCUCCUCACACACCUGCCGCCCGAGGAGCUGCUGCAGUACCAGGGAGCCCGAACAAACCUGGAGGGACUCAUUCCAUACACAGAGAGACACAUGCAGAGGAUUGGAAAUUUGCUGCAGGCGUCCAUGUUCCUGAACUACAUGUGGCAGAAGAUGAGAGUGGCCGGAGCACCAUCCAGCAUGGACCAAGAUGAAGAAAUGGACACCACUCCUCUUGCCCAGACCCAACCUGUCUUCAUGAUUGACAAGGAGAAAGAAAAGGGCAGUGGUGAGGAGAACCGAGAUGUCGGGGAUGACAGCGAUAGCGGACAAGAUGAAGAUCCAAAUUGCCCCGUUGAAGAUGAGGAGGACGACGACGAAGUCAGCGUCACCAAAAAACCCUCCACAAAUGAUGGGAGGACAGAAAUCAAAGAGAGCAAUGGAACAAAUGGCAACCACCACUCUGAAAGUGAGGAGAGUUCAGAGGAAGAAGACACGAAAGAAGACGAGAAGGAUCAAACUAUAACGGUGAAGCGUCUCCCAGUUUCUACUGCUCCUCAGGGCCAGACUCUCGCCAGCUGACAGGGAUCACCGAGGGGAACACGGUUGACUCUCUCCUGAAGAUUAACAGGGGACCCUCUUAUCUUGGACCAUUAGCUGGAGCGACACACUGAAUGUGUGGCAGUGAAAGAAGAGACGUGUGGGGUGAUGAUAAUGCAGACAUCAGGUCUCUUUGUUCUGAUUUCUGCAGACAAAAUGUACAGAAAGGGGGGGAAGAUGAGGAAUGAGUGAUAAAAGAAAGAAGGUCAACAAUCAGGCAGGGUUCUCUUCACUCACAGCAAAUACCAGCGUCUGGUUCUGCAAUGUUGCUUAGUCCUGAUCUACUGGCUCAACCACAACACAAAAGGCUCCUUGUAUCACCAUACAUUUUUUAUGUAAUGACUAGAAAUGUUUAUGKAAUAAAAAUGCGUUCGUUGUGAUUUCAA